CUCUCACAAAACAACAAACAAGUCUGUAAUAUCAAUCAAGAAUCAGAGUUUGUUGUUUUCCUUCUUCUCUCUUUCUUUUUCAUUUUCUUUCACAAGAUAGUUGUUUGCUUCAAAACAGUAACUUCUAUAAUAUGAAAAGACAAUAAAAUAGAAAUAUAUAUUUUUUUUAUUAUAUCAUAACAAUAUUGUUUCCCAAAUUAUAAGUACACCAAUCUUUAACAUCUCAGUUAUAUUAUCUCAACAUCCUUAUUUUCUCACUCACUCACUCUAGUCACUUUCUUUAGGAACCCUAGAAAACAAAGUAUCAAAACAAGAGACAAUUUUAAUUUAUCUUUUCAAAACAACAUUGGAUCUACACAAAUUAAGCUAAAGAAUUAUCAUUGAUGGAUUCACUUCAAGAUUUUAUGGAUUCAUGUAACUCUGACAACAGUUGUAGCCUCACCAACAGCACCAUCACCACCACAACCAACACCAACAGCACCACCACCACCACCAACAACAACACCUUGGUAUGUAGCUCUUCACCUUCUGCUUCAACCACCACAAGCAGCCGGUAUGAGAACCAGAAACGCCGUGAUUGGAACACCUUUGGACAGUACCUUAAGAAUCACCGCCCUCCUCUCUCCCUCUCCAGAUGUAGCGGUGCACAUGUUCUUGAAUUUCUCCGGUAUUUGGACCAAUUUGGGAAGACAAAAGUGCAUACACCAAUAUGUCCAUUCUAUGGACAUCCAAAUCCUCCAGCACCAUGUCCAUGUCCACUAAGACAAGCUUGGGGUAGCCUUGAUGCACUUAUAGGUCGUUUAAGGGCAGCUUUUGAGGAAAAUGGAGGGAAGCCUGAAACAAAUCCAUUUGGUGCUAGAGCUGUUAGACUUUAUCUUCGUGAGGUUCGUGAUCUUCAAUCCAAAGCAAGAGGUAUUAGUUAUGAGAAGAAGAAAAGAAAACGUCCUCCACAACAACAACAACAACAACAACAACUUCAGCAACAACAUCAUCAUCAUCAACAACAACAACAACAACAAUCAAUGUCUCUUCCUCUUCAUCUUCAUCACCAUCACCAACAUCACCUUCCACCACCAGGUGCAACUCAGUAAAUGAUUAUCCUUAAAUGGAAAUUUCAUCAGCUCUCUUUUAUGUGUCAUGCAAUUAUUCUCUAAUUAAUUAUUUUCAAGUAGUAGAUUUUUAUUUUUAUUUUUGUGAAAUAUUUAUAUUCCUUGUUGUCGUUUUUGUUGUAUUGUGUAUGUAUCUUGCUUGAUGUGGCUCAAAUUAAACAAAAGGUUAAAGAUACAUGAUGAUGAAUCUGGUUUUAUAUAAUGACAACAUGUGUUGUACUUGGAGUAAGCUAUUAGUUAGAGUAGAAGAAAAGUGGUGGUUAAUUAAUGUACAUGGAGGAGGAAGACAUGAUCCUAAAACCUAUGCAUAAUCUUCACUGUUUCUAUAUAUGUAUCAACUUCUAUCAUAACUUAUCUUUACGUGUCAACCUUAAUUGGACUUAUAAUA